AUUUGGUUGUUGUGGCAACUAAUAUCUCACAUAAUGGCCCUAACUCGGGGCUUCAAUCCGGACAGAAUCAUGGCCCUAUCACUGCUCAUUUAUUGCAAUCGGAAGUGUUAUUAAAUCAAGCUUGCCCGCAGGAUCUGCAAAUGAUCAGUCCUCAUGACGACAAGGGCCGCAUCGAACAAAGGGCAUGAGUCCUGGAUACACGUUACUGUACUCUCGAUCGAUCGAUCUCUAUAAUCUUAUCUCCCUUAUACAAUUUUGGUCAUGUGCAACUACUACUUUUUAGCGAAACUUGAAGGACGAUCUUCUUUCCGCAAUGCUGAUUGGUGGGUCCCUGCCCGAGGGUAAAACUUGGAAUGGACCAUCCGAGGCAGUGUCAUGCCCGGCACCACAGUUAAUAAAAAUAGGUACUCCGUGCAGAUUCGUUGCGAUCUGGUCCUGACGCGAUAUUCCUCGUGAUCGAGAAACCCUCAUCUGAGUGGGGUAACUGAGGCGAUUCCCGGGCUGGAAUCUAUGACCCUGCCAAGCCAUAUUGUCGGCUUGGAAACUUGAACACUUUAGAUUUACUUUAACAUACAGAGCGGUGAAGCGCCACGUUCAUUCUACCAAAUCCGAAACAAAUUUGCCGCAAGAUUUGAUGGCCGCGGCCUCCCGUCGUCAUUCUCGUCCUCGCCUACACCCAUAACCGCUAUCCGAUGCGUUGGACAAUCCCUCGAGUAACCGACAGAUCAACCCCUCCCCUCCCCCCGGCGUUUCCCUCUCACCGUCGUUUUCGAUCUCAUCGCCAGUUCGAGAAGAUCGGGCUUUCGCGCAGCCAUGGAACCUAGCAGGGCCGAAGAGCACCAGGCUGGCCGCCGGACUCGUGAAGUAUAUCGCUACUUCCGACCAGAGCGCCUGGAGACUAUCCGAGAGAACACCUCGUCACCGGCUGGGUCAGGCUCUUCGCUGAAGCCACCAAGCUCCAAUAAUUCUAUCCCCACUGAGCACCCUUCUUCCCCAGGAAAUUUGCAACAGUCUUCGGAACAUCAUACCUGGGCGCCGAUACAGCCCAUGCCCGAAUCGCUAAUCCUUGGCGACGCGAAUGAGACAUUGAAUUCUCUGGCACAGUUAGCCGCUCUUCGUCUCAAUGUGGAUCGCGUGUUCAUUAGUGUCUCGGAUCGUGAUUCACAAUUUAUAAUUGCGCAAGCUGCCCAAACCAAAACUGGAGAUGGUAAUCAUGAUCUCAUAGGGAAUGCAAUGAAAACCGGCUGUUACACUCUCAACGUGAGCGCCUGGAGUAUGUGCAAAGAUACUGUCGCAUUACAUCAAUCCAAUCGAGAAAAAGGAGAAUACAACUUUUUAGUCUCCAACGACCUGAGUCAGGAUGAGCGGUAUAAGGAUCUUCCUUUCGUGGUAGGGGAGCCCGGCUUCCGCUUCUAUGCCGGUACGCCUCUUACCACGGAAAGUAAUGUCAACAUUGGUUGCUUCUUUGCUCUCGACACAAAGCCUCAUGCAGAGUUCAGCUAUAUCGAGAAGGAGACGAUGGGCUAUAUGGGGAUGCUCAUUAUGGACUAUUUGAAAGUCAGUCGGCAGGCCUCGGACGGUCGCCAUGCUGCGAGGUUAUCGCGCGGUAUCAAUCUUUUCGUCGAGGGCCAUUCCUCCUUUGACAAGCCUUCAUCAAGGCCGGUCUCGGGUAUUUUUGGCUCACAACCAGGUCAUCCCGGGAUUUCAACCCUAGUAUCACGGUCCCCUUCUACGUCCACGCAAAGUUCCCGCGACGAUUGUUCUAGCCGCUCGCGUUCACGAAGCGCACGAUCAUCAAGCUCGACAGCUGACAGCGUUGAUGAACGGGCUAUCCCAUCCAGCCUUGACUCACACAUCGCAAAGCGCCUGGCAAAUAAAUCAAACGGUACCCGGGGGCUUCCAGCAAAGUCGUGGACUUUUCGUCGAGCCGCAAACCUUAUUCGUGAGAGUCUAGAACUCGAGGAGAAGAGUGGCGUGAUCUUUCUUGAAGCUGGCGGAGGCCUCGCUGCAGAACCCGGAACAGAUAGCGACACAUCCAUUUCGUGCGCAUCGGAGAUUUCCAGACCUGCCUCGAUUGUAGCACUGUCUACCACCGAAACGGCAUUUGGCCCAGAUUCGACCUCGCACAAGCCUCUCCCUGUCAUGAAGUUGGAUGAGACAUAUCUCAGAGGUCUUCUCAAGCGAUAUAGGAGGGGACAUAUCUGGAAUUUUCACCGAGACGGGCAGCUGUCUAGUUCGGAUAGUGAAGACCACUUCCAGCAAGGCCACAGACGUGGUCGAGCGAGAAGUUCUGCCGAUUUAUCGAAGUCACGGAAGAGAACGAAAGUGAAAGACAACUCUCAGCUCAAUAGAUAUUUUCCUGGGGCUACUCAGGUCUUGUUUGUGCCUCUGUGGAAUGCUGCCAUUUCGCAGUGGUUCGGUGGCUUUUUCUGUUGGACCAACGUGGAACAUAAAGUGUUCAGCCCUUCAAUAGAGCUGAGCUCUUUGCUGAGCUUUGGAUCUUCGAUUAUGGCUGAGUGCAGUCGUAUUGAAACCGUGAUCGCGGAUCAGCAGAAGGAUGAUUUUCUGGGCAGUAUUUCGCAUGAACUGCGCAGUCCACUUCACGGUGUCCUAGCAGCCACCGAAAUGCUCAAAGACACGAACUUGGACCAAUAUCAAAACUCACUCAUAGAGACAGUUGAUGCCUGUGGCCGAACAUUACUUGAUACCAUGAAUCAAGUGCUCGAUUUUAGCAAGAUCAUGUCUCUAGAACGCAAGUCACGUCGGCGGAGGCGACGUAAGGCUUUGUCUCAAGACCUUGAUAAUUCACAUCUCUCUGCUGCGCAUCUCGAUUUGUACAAGCCCAUCGACCUUUCUGUGGUUGCAGAGGAAGUGGUGGAAGGCGUGUUCCUAGGGCAUAUGUAUAAUCAAAGAUCAACCGCGUCCCUGGACCUCUUAGGUACUUCUCUCGUUGCACCGGAAUUCCCCGAGGAUCUUCAUGCUGUCAAGCCAGGCGUCAAAGUGAUUUUGGAUAUCGCACCUACAGACUGGAUCUACCAUGCUCCUCCCGGAGCUGUGCGCCGCAUCAUCAUGAAUUUGUUCAGCAACGCGCUCAAAUAUACCCCUGCCGGCCGAGUUUGCCUACGGUUGGAGGCGGAAGAGAAACCCGAGGCUUCAACAAAGCGGCCAGUACAUAGGGAGCGUGCCAAGGAGCGUAAUGUCAUCCUGACCGUUUCUGAUACUGGCAAGGGCAUAUCGGAGGAAUUCUUGCGUGGGAAGCUGUUUAUGCCAUUUGCUCAAGAAGACAGUCUUGCCGUUGGCUCUGGUCUUGGCCUGUCGAUUGUUCGCAGCCUCAUCCAGUCUUUAGGUGGUAGUAUUGAUAUCAAAAGUUGCCUCGGUGAAGGAACGACGGUGAGAGUAUCAAUCCCACUGGCGCGCAUAGAGCAGGAUGGUGAUGGGCUUGGGUUAGAUAUCGUUUCGGGCCAUGAACCAUCGUCGAGACAGAUCGCCACUCUACAGGGCCACAAAGGCCGGACGGUUGCCAUACUCGGAGUAGAUCCACGUGAUGCACCGAGCGAUCCGGAAUGGGCCGAUCUAUCUCGUUACAUCACCGAUUGGUAUGGUCUCAGGUUGGUUUCCAUGUCGGCCUCCGAACCCAUCGACCUCAUCGUGGCCGACGAAUUGCCCAGUGAGACUACGAUCAGCCAAAGCUCUGCGACCAUAAAGACAGCUUUGCUCGUCAUGAGCGAUCAAUAUGUCGGUCGUGAAUCUGUUCCCGUCAAAUGGCUUAGGGGUACCAAAUCCGUCAACGUGAUCAAUCGCCCGUGCGGCCCUCAUAAGCUACGCCGAUGCAUCUCCAAAUGUCUGGAUGAAGCAUUGUCUUUGCCAAUGUCACCCGAGACCAACGCAAUUAUCCUACCGGAACGGCCUGCCCUAAUCUCCACGAGGUCAUCAGUCGGGAACCUUCAUUCGAAGAACCCGCCAGCAAACGCAAUAAUCGAUAGGAAGAGAGCCCGUUCUUUCACUCUUCCGGCCGAACUUGCCCCCAAGUCUUUGAUGCGACCAAGGGCUGAAAAACGUGACGCCCGAAUCUUGGUCGUGGAGGACAACAAGAUCAAUCUCAACCUGAUGCUAGCAUAUCUGAAGAAAAGACAGCUCUCAACCUUGCAUUCUGCUGAAAAUGGCUGUCUGGCGAUCGAAGCUGUUAAGAAACAAGAUGAUGAUAACUACGACAUCAUCUUCAUGGACAUUUCAAUGCCAGAAAUGGACGGGUUUGAAGCAGCUCGGGCGAUUCGUGCAUUGGAGAAGGAUCGUAGCCCGGGCUCUGCGCCGGCUAUUAUCAUCGCGCUGACGGGUCUCAGCAGUCCCGAGGAUGAAUGCAAGGCCUUUGAGUCGGGAAUAGACAUGUUUUUGACAAAGCCCGUCUCUUUUAAGAAUGUCGGGAAGUUACUGAAAGAUUGGACGGACAGACGGGACGAAGGGAAUAGUGAUUUUUCUGCAUGAUGUUAUAAACCUUUGUAUAGUGUACGGUCAUUCUAGCGCUAAUGUCUGCUGAUAUAAUAUUACCACGCCACGCAUAUUAUCAACAAAAUAGAAUAUUCUGUUCUGCAAACGAAUACCAGCUGUUAUGUCAAUUGCGUAUCGGCCUAUCAUUCUUGACGAAUUAACCGCCCUAGCUGAGCUACCUGAUGAUCUCGCCGGUGAGGAUGAAGCUUUACUGGAGACCAUCGCAGUCUGUGGUUCGUUUCUUAAGUGGUGUGAGGACGUUAUUGUUUUUGUCCAUCAGUCUGCGAAAAAAUUUCUGCUCGGAAAGGCAUGGAUCGAGGUAGGAGGAUCAAGGAGCCUAUCAUCCUGCAAUCUUUUCGCGAUGUCUACGAGCUUCAUUCAAGGUCUAUAUUCUUUCCACUCAGAUAGUUGAGAGAAUUUUGGGUUGUCUUGCUGGAAAGGAGAGGGGGCUGCAGGGCCAUCUUGAGUGUAGAAAUCCGGAGAAGGGCUAAAUCCAUAUCUUGAGGGUGAUAUGUGAUCAUAGCGUCCUGGAGUGGGAGCGUAUUGCCAGUCCUAGUCCGAGAUAUCGGGCGUACGAGCUUGAGAAUCCAAAUUGUCGGAAAAUGAGGCGUUAAACACGGUCAGCACUCUCCUGCUGAAGGUAACGUUAGCAUCCUAGACUUCUUGGUGUCAAUAGGCGAUGAGAUCAGUUAAAGAGUUCAGCAUUUUGUGAAGUCGAGAAUAAGCGCAUUGUUGACAAAUUCCCACCAGAUAUUAUUCUUUUAUUUGUGCAUGUCUUAUCGCUCAUUCAACAAGUUCUG